ACUCAUUGUUUGCUUGGCCAACUAUGAGAUGACUUGUUGCAUCAUGGCUCGUGCCUUCAUCCAUUAGCCUCGUUUUGAUUGGGGUGCGACACACCCUCCAAAUUUGUUGCAGCAUCCUCAGGUACUCCCCAAACAUGCUUGGACAUGGGCAUAGAAUGUGGUCCUUAUUUCAAAUAUGAGAAAAACAAAGUAGGUAUCUAGAGAAAAACCAUUCCUAUUUACAGAUGAUUGACUUGAAGAUAAGACGCCAUCAGCAUAAACUAGUCCUUAGUCACACACACAGACACACACUAACCAUGGGAAGCACAAGUAAGGAAACCAACAAGUUAGAGAUGCAUGAAUUUGGCCCUUGUGAAAAUGCAUUCCAAAUUGGCUUCUUGAUAGGUCAAAGAUUCUCAAAACAGAUACGCAGCAGAUUAUCUAAUGACCUUAUUCUUCAAAACCAGCUCCUCCCUUUUGCUCAGUUCCCAAAUUCCCAGCCACUCAUUCAUACUUUAUCUGAAACUAAUAAGAACAAGUUUCCCAAUUACUGGAAUGAACUCAAAGGAAUUGCUGAAGGAAGUGGCGUCCCAUUUCUCAAUAUUUUACUAUUGAACUUUAGGAAAGAGAUAUUGCCUUUCAUUCCAAAGACAGAAAGUAAUCUGAAGGAAGAUGAAAUUAGUGCUGACUGUUCAUCUAUUCUUGUUGUUAACAACUCCAUGGCUGUGGCUGCUCAUAAUGAGGAUGCAAAUGUUGCUCUUGUUGGACACACUUAUUUGGUUAAGGUGACAUUGUCUAAUGGAACAUCAUUCACUGCUUACACAUAUGCUGGAGAACUUCCAAGUUGUGCCUUUGGAUUUAAUAGUCAUGGAGUGGCAUUUACUUUAAACUCAGUACCACCAUGUGAGGAAGAGAUAGUAGCUGGUGCCAUUGGCAGAAACUUCGUGUCCAGAGACCUACUUGAAGCAAAUAGCAUUGAGGAUGCUCUGGCUAGGAUCCAUUCGUCAGAGGCUUCAGUAGGGCACAGCUAUAACUUGAUAGACACAAGAGCUCGGAGGAUUUUGAACGUUGAGACUGCAUCAAGAAAUCGAAUUUCAGUUCAUGAAGUCGGAGAAACUCCAUUUUUCCAUGCCAACAUGUAUCUGCAUCUUCAAGUAAAGCAGGCACAAGACGAGAACUCCUUGAGCAGGCAAACAAGAGCAUCUUCUUUGGCAAAGGAAUCAAAAAAUGAUUUCUUAGCACUUGUUGGGGACAGGAAUGCUAAGAAGUAUCCUAUUUACAUGACAGGUCCAUUGCUAUACACACUGUGCACAGCUGUGAUAGAUUUGGAUGAGAAAACGUUAUCAAUUAUAGAAGGGAACCCAAAGGAGAAACAAGAAUCCUAUGUCUUCCCAUUGUCCUAAAUGCAAGCUAUGACGGAGACUUGGCGUCUCAAGUAAUUGAGGAUCCAGGGAGAAAUGUUUUUACCAUAUAAAGUAUUCUUUCAAAUUGGGAUCUCAAAAACAGAAAAGGAUCUGCUCAACAUAAACCUUUGUUUGGGAGGGAACUUUUGAUUUUUAAGUGUCUGCUUUUCAGAGUAACUGAAUAUAUAUAACAAGACCGACAAAGUUCUAUACCAAAGCAGCUCGUGCUAACCGAUUGUUACCAGUAUUCCCAUGCCCAAAACUCAAUGUAUAAAAGGUUACAUAAACAUCCACCGAUCAAAAGGAAGGCCUAAUCUAAAAUAUUAACAUAAUCUUCUAUUUUCUGGUGGAAAGUAGCAGCUUAUUCUGUUUAAUUACUGGUGGAAAAUA